CGCAUGCAAGUGCGGGGGUUAUUUUCGAACAAACCGCUGACAGAGUACUAUUAGUAGGUCAAUAGAACGUGGGGUGGGUUGAUUGACAGAAGCUUAGCUAUCCCUCCACUCGGAAUCGAACGAAUCUCAUUCGGGGGAUGUUGCCUCCAGGGCUGAAGAGAGAGGUAACCUUCCCUAGAGGUACCCGCACAAGCCGCGGACCGGGUCUGAUUGUCUCAACAAGAGAGUUGAAAUAGCUCAGUCCCUCAUAAUUAAAAAGCGGUCCUAAACCACAUCGAGUGUCUCGAUCUAUUUUCGUGUUCAAAUGCAUACAAAUCCAUUUCUUAUAAUCACAUAACCUAACUUAAAAAGUACCUACCUACCUCCUUUUACACUUGACAUCGGAGUUCCGAGGUUGUUACUGGUGAAUAAGGUACCACCAAGCUCAUCUUUCACAAGUACAUAAGAUACCAGGCAGCCAUCAAAGAUUCAGUAUACUACCUCCUCUCUUCCUUCACAACAGCAACAUCAUCGUCAUAUUUCUAUAUCAACAAAGGCACGAUGGACGAUAUUCCGCCGCCACCGUAUACCGAAACGGACAUCCGCUCGCAUUCAAGUCGGCCGCCAGUUACUCAACCUGGCGUAAACGAUGACGAUGCCUCUGUUACUACAUCAUCUCAUGGCACUACAAUCUACACUCCACCGGAAACCCCACGAGAAUCUCAUUUCAACUUCCCUAGCAAUGAUGAUCAUCAUACAACAGCUUCUGCUCAUUCCUACUUUGAAUUACGCCAUACUCUUCGAAGUGCGACCGGCGAAAACUUUGUAAUCUCGCUAGCAAUCACGGAGAACGCGUCUCCAGAAGACUUCCCCUACCCGGACUGGGCAAGGGAACACGAUACCACCGAGCAAGAUUGGCAGACAUUUCUUAAUUACCUCUUGCCAGACCAUGCCUCGCGAGCGAACUCACAUGUUGUCGAGCGUAAAUUGCAGGCUGAAGAUGAAAAUUCAUCGUCUACGACCGAGAGAAGCAUUGCCGAGGCGCAACUAGGCCAGAUCAAGUCAUCUACUAAUUUAGCGGCGCAGUCUUCGCAUGAUCUCGAUGCCAUGAUCCACGAGUGGAAUGAUGGCUUCUUUGGCCCUAGGGGCGUGACUAUAGAGAGAACUACGCCUCAACCCACCAGCACAUCGCAAGAACCAGGUACCCAACAAACCCCCCCUGUUGAACCCCAGCCUCAACCUCAACCCCAACCCCAGGGGCAAUCUUCCAGAUCAUGGUGGAACCCCUUCAGGCCUUUCGAGGCGAACAACCGAGGCAUCCGCAUGGGGGGUCUCACUAUCGACAACGACCGCGUAUCUUUCGGAGAUUCGUUCGAAGUAGAUCGCAAUGGCGUACGUUGGGGCGGUCAACAAUCCGCCAGCCCUGGAACCCGUGGCUUUCCUCCCGGUCCCGAUUCUUUUGGUAGCUUCCCGGAAGGAAGAGGUUUUGGUGAACACGGGACUGCACGUGGCCGCAGACGUUGGCGGCAAGAUCACCAUAGCCACCAUGGCCACCAGGGAUCGCGCGACCGCUCACGCAGCUCGAGCUCUGGCGCUUCAUCCUCGUCAGACUCAGAUUCAUCUUCCAGCAUUGGCAGUAUUCCCAAUUGCGACGACUUAAAUGAUUCCCAACUUCCUGUUGCCAAGCAAUCGAUACACUCAUGGCUCGACCAUCCAGAGCAACCUGUGACCAAGAAGAUGCUCAAGGCGCUGCGCUCCGACAUUAAGGCCGCUAAAAAUGCUCCUCCUCCAGUCGACGAUUCGGCAUCGGGGUUCAAUAGGGAGGUGACGCGCCAGGAGGUGCGACAGCUACUCGCGAAAUUCAAAGUUCUAAAGCGGGAGCAAAAGCGAAAGGCGAAGGCUUUGCGUAAAGAGAAAAGAGUCCAGAAGAAAGAGCUCAAGCGCGAGCGCCGAGAGCGUCGCAGAGCCGAAAAGCGAGAACGGCGGAACGUACGCCACGAUGUCAGAAGUGCCGAGCGCGAGAUGGAAGGGCAUCCCAGACGGGACCCCGACGAGCCCAGACCUUUUAACCCUUUCCGAGCGGCGGACAUGCCUAGUUUCACGAUGCCCAGCGCGUCUGCCCCCCACGACCCGGUGGUCGCACCGAGCUUUCCGUUCGGCCGACCCGGGUUUCCCUUCGGUCGCGGCGGCCGGGGGCGAGGCGGUCCUUUCGGCGGUCCCCACCUGCGACACUGGGAAUCGCACAUCCGCGACGCACAGCAGCAAGCCCACCAGGCGAGGAGUCACGCCCGUCAGCAAGCCGAAUUGGCAAGAAUCAAUGCGCAGCAGCAGGCCGAACAAGCAAGAAACCUCGCGCAUCAGCAAGCGGAUCGAGAGAGAACCAACGCACAGGCGCAGGCGAGCACGGCGCGAGCCGAAGCGCAGCGGGUAGCAGAAGCGGCCUGGGCCCAGGCCGCACUCGCCACGCGAGCCGCCAUCCCGCCCUGGGGCCCGACGCUGCGCCGUGCGGUCCUGCCGACGAACGACAAGCUCCGGGCCGCGGACUCGCUGGACGCGCAGAUCACGGGCAAAGCGCACUCGCUGAGGGCGCUGCGCGAGGCGAUGGAGCGGGAGCGCACGGAGGCCGCGAUGCGUGGGGGCGCAGCAGCAGCAGCAGCAGAAGAAGAAGAAGAAGAAGGAGAAGGAAGCGAGGAUAAGAAGGGCUCGAGCAAGGAGAUGCAGGCCGAGGCCCUCGAGAGCGAGAUCGAGAGGAUGCAGUUGGAGAUGGAGAGGUUGAGGUUGGAAGGCUUGCAGCUGCAGACUGACGAGCAGCUUGCGAGGACGCUGCAGAUGCAUGAGAACCAGCGUAUCGUAUAGAUGGGGCCAUAGAGUUUUGCAUCGUCGGAUUAGGCGAAGUGAUACUCAGGGGGGGCUGGGUUUUUUCAUCAACGGUCAUUACAAUUUUCCCCUUGCCUCAGGUAGGUACCUGGGAUGAACGGGACGGGACGGGACGGGACGGAACUACAGGUUAUAUCGGCACGAGAAUGAGGAUAGGGAACUAAGCCGUUAAUGAAAGGAGUCGGGAGUUUGCUGGCUAUGGCUAUGAUUUGCUUCCCCCGAGAGACUGAGUGAGAGACAAAAGGGGGAAAGGGGAAUAUACGCGAGCUUACAGUCAAGUUAUGACAUCUAAGUAACCUCUACCUCCUAGAUAGGUUUUUAUAAAGACGAUGAUUUCACCAAGAAAAUGAAUACCUACCUAUACCUUAGGUAGAUAUAA